AUUUUAUGACGUCGUGCUGCGCAGCGCGACUAUUUUCGUUCGUGAUAGGCAGUCGACAUUUUGUUUUGAUUUUGUGACGCAAGCUAUAAUUGAAACUAUUGAAAAUGCCACUAAACGCUGCAGGGUGGACAACCGAAGAGGACGAAAAACUUAUCGAAUUAGUGCAACCACAUGGACAUUUGUAUUGUUGGCUAGAUCCAUCAAGGAAGAAUAUCUUAAUACGAGAAAGAACCUGGCAAGAAAUAGCGAAAGAAUUAUUUAAACCAGUUGAAGAAUGUAGGAAAAGAUGGCGAGGUCUUCGAGAUGGGUACACAAGAAACAAAAGGAUGGGUGCCAUACAUAAAUCCAAGGUGCCGAUAUUUGAAAAACUGCAAUUUCUGGACAGCAUGCCUUUGGACGCUAUACCACUAGAGGUGGAUUGUACUGAACAGGACAAAAAUGACAUACUGGAGGCGGAUGAUCAAAUACAUGAAGAACAGGUUAUCACCGAACAGAAUAAUGUUAUAACUGAUAACCAGGAGUACUAUGAAAUUACUCUCGUUGAUGGACCGCACCAAGAGACUGAUUUGAAACCACAAAUAAUAAAAAUUGUGCCAAAGAAAAUUAAACUCGAAAGCAGUCAAUUAGAAGAGGCUCCGCCUAAAAAAGUUGGCAGAAAGAAUGCGGGGAGAAAAAAAUCUGUUCCACUGCCAAGAAAUAUACCUCCUAUAAAGAUAUUACCUAAACCUAUUGUAAUGAACGAGCCUAGAAUUAUAAAAUGCAUAGACGAUACAAAAACUUCAGAGCAGAGAUCACAAGUCAUAGACAAGUUAAUCGAAAAAGUAUUAAAAGAAAACACUAAUGAGAUUGAUGUAUUCUUCCGGAGUAUGGCCGCUAGCGUUAAGAAAUUACAACCUAAUUUAAUUCCUAAAGUAAAGAUGGAAGUAUGCAAUGUAAUUGCUAAAUACGAAAUGCAAAGCUUUGAUAAGAACAUUCAAAAUCUUUGAAUUCUUAUAUCGAUACAUUAUUUUAAAUAAUAAAAUUUUGUCAUUUAGUUAUUAUGUGAUAUGUUUAUCAUACAAAGUAUGUAAAUAUAAUAGAUUAUCGAUUAUAUCUCUAAUUAUAAUUAAUAUUCUUUAUCGAUUAAAAUAUCAACCAAAGAUAAAAGAAAAUAUUACACACUGCCAUCUUAAAAGCUAAAUGAAUUAUUUACCAUAUAACAAGAAUAUUAUACAUUUUCAAAUGUUUCUCUGCCUAAUAUUGUUUUAUAACAAAU